UCCUCUGUUUACAGGCAUCCGGAGAAACAUGGAGGACACCGCUGGCAGUAAUCCCCAAUCUCUCGGAUUUACAGAAAAAUUAAAGUCGUGGCUCUCUUGGUCAUGGACCUACGUGUGCUUCAUCUGGUUCGGCAUGGUGCUGAUCAUGAUAUACGUCCUGUGGAGCCCGCUCAAACUGCAGGAAACUCUAACCUCAGCCUCAGUGUUUUUGAAUACACUGACACCCAAGUUCUAUGUGGCUCUCACUGGAACCUCCUCCCUCAUCUCUGGACUCAUCCUUAUAUUUGAGUGGUGGUAUUUUCGUAAAUAUGGGACCUCGUUCAUUGAACAAGUGUCGGUGAGUCACCUGCGUCCUCUCCUGGGCGGAGUGGAGAGCAGCUCCACCACUGGUCUGUUUGCAUCAGUUAAUGGAGAGGCUGAGCCAAGGCCCAGUGUUUCAGAGUGUAAAGUCUGGAGGAAUCCUUUGAAUCUGUUCAGAGGAGCAGAAUACAACAGGUACACCUGGGUAACAGGGAAGGAGCCCUUAACAUACUAUGAUAUGAACCUGUCUGCUCAAGACCAUCAGACCUUCUUCACAGGAGACACUCCGCAGUUAAGGCCAGAAGAUGCCGUGAUGCAGAAAGCCUGGAGAGAGAGAAAUCCUCAAGCCAGGAUCAGAGCAGCUUACCAGGCCAUCGAGAUGAACCAAGAAUGUGCUGCAGCCUACGUGCUCCUAGCAGAAGAAGAAGCCACAACUAUCACAGAAGCUGAACGCCUAUUCAAAAAAGCACUAACUAUCGCUGGGAAAGAUAUCAACUUACUGGUAUACAUUAAACGCCGACUGGCGAUGUGUGCACGCAAGCUGGGGAGGAUAAAAGAAGCAGUAAAAAUGAUGAGAGACUUAAUGAAGGAGUUCCCAUUAUUAGGAAUGUUAAAUAUACAUGAAAACCUUCUGGAGGCACUUCUAGAGCUACAGGCUUAUGCUGAUGUCCAAGCAGUCCUCGCCAAAUAUGAUGACAUCAGCUUGCCAAAAUCAGCCACGAUAUGCUACACAUCAGCGCUGCUGAAAGCACGGGCUGUAUCAGAUAAGUUCUCUCCAGAGGCCGCGUCGAGGCGAGGGCUCAGCACAGCAGAAAUGAAUGCUGUGGAGGCCAUACACAGAGCUGUUGAGUUCAAUCCACAUGUGCCAAAGUACUUGUUGGAGAUGAAGAGCCUGAUCCUGCCUCCAGAGCACAUCUUGAAGAGGGGUGACAGCGAGGCAGUGGCAUACGCUUUCUUCCACCUGCAGCACUGGAAGAGAGCAGAAGGAGCCUUAAACUUAUUACACUGCACGUGGGAGGGAACCUUCCGGAUCAUUCCCUACCCACUAGAGAAGGGUCACCUGUUUUACCCCUACCCAGGAUGCACAGAAACAGCAGAUAGAGAACUACUGCCAUCGUUCCACGAGGUGUCUGUGUACCCAAAGAAAGAGCUUCCCUUCUUCAUCCUCUUCACAGCAGGCCUUUGCUCGUUCACUGCCAUGCUGGCCAUGCUCACACAUCAGUUCCCUGAGCUCAUGGGUGUCUUUGCCAAAGCAUUCUUCAGCACACUCUUUGCACCCCUGGGUUUCUUCGCAGACAAGAUGGAAAGCUUCAUGCCGUCCAGUUUUUGGCACCAGCUGACUCGGAUCUGACCCCAUCCCUCAAACACUCUUACACACUUACACACAUUUACACACACACACACACACACAUACUACACACAGAUACACACACCAAUACCACUUCAAACCCUUGGACAAAAAGAGUUUGCUCUCCUGUCUUCAGCAUUACUGUCCACUUGCUGCAUUGUUACUGAUUAUGUUGGCUGAGGUUGUAUCAACACGGCAAUACCACUCUUAAGAUGCUCUCCCACACUGUUUGAGCUGCCAGUGUUUUUCCAAGACCACAUUUAGCGAAUAACAUUUGCAACAAUUUCACAGGGUCAUUCAUUUGCUCUUGUGUUUGAAUUGGACAAUUUGAAGUUUUUAAAGAUCCCUCAAGGCCUGGCUGAGGUUUUUUAUUUGUGGGUACAAAAAUGAAAAAAGUAAUUUUUUGAGAGGCCCUAAAAUCAGGGGGGGGGGGGUAGUUAAACAUAACUUGAUGGUUCUUUAAGUGUUGUCUUGUCAGAAUAAUGUUUAAACCAGCAUGUAACUGACAUCAAGAAACAAAAACAACUGGUUCAUGAAGAAUAAGUAACUGUUGUGAUCCCAUAGCCCUAUGUCCCCUGCGAUUGUUAGUAAAUGCAUCAAAAGGUCCCAUUUAGUAUUUUGGAUGGGAACUUGUGUGUCCUGUAUCAACCCUAAAUGCCCUGCAGACUUCCACUAAAGCAAAUUCAAAAGUCUGUAACAUCUCCUGAAAACAGGGCUGUGAUUUAUGGCCUCCGAGUGCCUGCAGUGUAUACAACGCCUCUGCGGUUCAGCAGUUGUUACCAUGGCAUGACACCUCAGCACUAUAUCACUGGAGCAACCAACGCAACCCCUGCAACGACGAAAAAGUUAACGGGAUCAUCACUGGUCACAGUUAAUCCAAAUGAAUCUGCCAAUUGCUCUGCAGCUUGAUGAGUCAGUGGGUUAGUCAACGUUAAAAAAAUAUAUAGAAAUAAGACUCACAUUAAAGGUUAACUGGCAAUUUAACUAUCAAAGUAAUACACAUGAUUACUGUUGUUCUCAAUGCACUGACCACCCAUCAUAGAAUCAUGUGGAGGUAGUGGGUAAAAUGUACUAAAUGGCUCGCUCUGCCUUUAACUGGAUCUAUUCCUAAUGCCAGAAAUGUGUGGAAUAGUACAGUAACUGGUUGACAUUUUGUUUUCCUUUGUGAAAGAUUUACGGUCUGUCUUAUCAGACUUAACAUGCUGGGAUAUCAGUUAACACCUUGGUUUAAAGUAUAUUCUAAAAUGAACGGGCUGAUUAUGUAACUACUUAUCAGAAAAGUAUGUGUGUUGAUAGAAAUUGUAAAUGAAAAAAAACACCUUUUUAUACACAAGCUGUCCUUGCAUAACCCAAACCUACAGGAUGAGUAGCAGCGUGUUAUGUAAUAGGUUCAUGCCCAAGAAUGACAUCCCAUUCCUCCUCAUGUAACAAAAAAAAAAAAGUGAUAACAAAGUGCCUUUUAGUACAUCACAAAAACACAACAAUUUGAGUAUAACAAGUCAAAUAAAACCAUAUUCUUCACCUACAACAGAAUGUGAAGGUUAGUGCCAAUUCUGCUUAAUUUCGACCCCUUCAAUUUGUAAUCAGAUACCUUUGGUUGUUUCACUAUAUUAUAACCCAAUCAUCUGCUGUACUUUAUAUUGCAACCAAGUGAGGCAAAUAUACUGGUACUUGUAAAAGAGAAGAAAGGGAGGUUGCUUGUUGUGACCUACGGACUCACACAGACAUGUUUUACUGCAGUGUGUUUCAAAUUUGGUUAAUAUUUUGAAUAACCCUGAUUCACUCUAAACGUCUUGAUAUUUCCACCUGUUGCCUGUGAUAUCUGUCUGUUCAAAUUAAUGACACUUGAAAUGUCUGAUUUUGUAGCAUGCAGCUGAAAUGUAAGAGUACAUGCUGGAGACAGGAGAAUGUUUGAAUGGCUGUAAAAACCCUUGGAUGAGUUUGGAAGCAAAACUCACAAUAAAUUGCUCUUUCAGUG